AUGGGGUCGCAACGCCCGCGCCUCGCCUCGCCUCGCCUCGCCUCAUCGAAAUUAGAGCUGUGCUUGGAUCCAGCAAAAAGCAAGAUUCCGGCCGUCAAGACGGUGACCAAGCCCAAUACGGCGCUGCAAUGCCCCGUCAUGCCCAGCUGCGCUCAACAGCACCCGCCCCGUGCGCACUCGCUUGCCAGCUCGUCGAAUGGCUUGAGCCGUGUACCACAGAAACGACGCUUGGCGGCGACGAUGCGCUACCGGAAGCUGCAAUGCAGCCAAGCCGACCGACGGCUGCUUCCGCCCUUUCACAGCAAUGACCCUCCAGCGAGCAGCAGCCCUGCAUUGGUGUGGGCAGCGGACGGGCGCCGGCUGGGACCUCGAAAGAAAUGA